AUGAGCUCGGCACAGCUAGCCGCUUCGGCUGCGUUCCGAGCGAAGAACCAGAAUCCUCAACCGCCUCCAGUUAGCAAUGUCCCUAAACCAGAGCCCAAGAAACCCCAGCCGUCCCUGUCGCCCAAACCUCGACAAAAAGAUGUUCUGCCUACACAAUCGUCCCCUCAGCCAACAAAGAAACUUGCAGAUGCUCCUAACUUGUCAAUGGCUGCUGCAACAAAGUCCACUGAGGCUCAGCAACAGCAGAAGCAAUCAUCACGAAAGCCUAACUUACAAAUAGACCUCAGCUAUCUGAAGAGCGUAUCGCAAGCGUCUUUGGCUACAGCGGCUGCAGAGCAUUCCACGAAGAACCAGAAAUCCAGCGUUGGCUCAGGAUCAGUGUAUAAUACUCCUUUGGUGAGGACUCCAGCGGUCGCAGCAGCUGCACUUUCUUCGUCUGAGAAGCUCUCACAGACACCAUUGCCGAGAACAUCUAUUGACGACGAUAAUGUGUCGCUCAGUUCGGCCCAUCACGAUUACUUUUACACUCCGAAGUUUUACCAGGCGGAAACUACCAACGGUCCAAGUCCGCUGCGCCUGCGUCUCAGCAUUGCAACUGACCCAAAAGAUAUGGUCGACAGCAUCAAGAACUCUAUUAAUUCAAAGACAAAGAGCGGCACGGCCAAGGAAAGCGCCAAGCGUAACCAGGCGGCAUUGAACGAGUUUAGACAAACGGUUGAGCUGAAACGCCACUCAUCUCAGAUUUCGCAAGACCCUCAUGGCAACCCAGUGGCGUUCAUUGGAAGUUUGGAUGACCUGCUGAAAUCAAACAACAGCUUGCCACUGAGGACCAGCGACACAGAAGAAUCUCUGCCUUCGUUCGAGCAUCAGAUAUUUAACAUCAAAGACCUCCAGAAUCUAAACACAUCGCGGGUUUCGGUCGAUUCAUACGCUUCCGGAAGCGAGGCAGAGACCCCAGUUACACCUUCCAUUGCUGUUAUUGAUGCCGAUGGCGAUGCAGAGGAGACGCUAAAGAAACCUCCAUCGACAUUUGGCAAAUCAAGCCAGCCGAUCCCUGUUCCCCCAUCCCAUAAUGCCGUUGCUAGAGGCAACGCUGGACAAUCUAAUGGAUCAGAACUUUUAUCUCAACACUCACCAGGCCUGCCAGGGAAUUUUUCAGACUCUAAGCUCGAUGAGGCUCUCAAGAAGGUGAGACGGAAGCCUCCGCCAGAUAUGAUAGAAGGGGACGAAAGCUCAGCAAGACAGUCCUAUGAACAAUCAACAAGUAAUCCGCUGAGCGGCGUGGAAGAUAAUGGAGAUGCGAAGUUUCCACAGUACCCUGAUAUCAAAGAGAGACGUAAGCAUCGUCGUAUUUUUGGAAGGAAGAAAGAGCCUGGCGCUGAAGCUGCGAGGGAGCGUCAAUCCAUGGAUCUGCAGAAUGAAGUUGAGCCAGAAGAGCCGCCAGUCCCUCAAGGCAAGCCUACCAAUGGAAUUUCCCCUGUUAUCGCCAACCCACAUGUCGCGUUGAAGACGACCAUGAGAAAGAUGAACAGAAAGAAAGAAAAGAAGGCCUUCGACGAGAACAAACCCUGGAAGAAUCAUAGCAAGCUUGAUGAAGUCCUGGAAAGCGAACGUAAACGUUACGAAGGUGUUUGGGUGAGUAACAAGGGACUCUACAUCAACAAAGUCGUCACCAGGCUUGAAGGUGUCGAUUAUAAUAAAAACUACAGCGAAGAGGAGGAAAGAAAAAAGCAAAAAGCUCUUCAAGAACAGGAUGCGCUGGAGUUGGCAGCACGGCUUUCAUCGGCAGCCGAGGCAUGCAAUACCGAGACGAUGGAGGAACAUAUACAAGAGAGACACGGUCUCAAACAGGCCGACCCGCACGAACUCAUCCACGGAAUAAUCGUGAAGCGAAUCUGGAGAAGGAGCAGGCUCCCUCGAGAAACGCUCGCCGCAGUGUGGGAUCUAGUGGAUUUCCGCAAGGACGGGACCCUUAACAAGAUUGAAUUUGUGAAAGUGGAUGAGCUGGUAUGGAGCAGUUUGGGCAACAUUGGCAUCAACGUUGUCAUCCGCAAGAAGCGGCGCUAA